GGAGGGAGGAUGGGAUCUCGAGUACCAACUAUAUGCUGCUUUGUGGGCCUUCAUUCGAGGGUCGCACGCUCGCACGUUGCGCGCUGCCACACUAACCCCCCUUCUCUGUUCUCAAGCGCACGUCAGUUGACAUUCCGCUGCCGAAAUCGCACGUUUCUCUACCCGCUCGCAUUCGCGUUCCUCUAAACGAUCGACCACGUUAAGAGUAUUUCUUUCUUUUUUUUUUCGUUGCGUAAUCUUAAGUUGAUAAUGGUGCUUGUGUCAUCUUAUUUAUCUUUCAUCUAUCUCGUGUGAGUACUCGAGUGAGUGAGGCAAAUUCUCCAAUGGUUUUUCACGAGCGAGGACGUUAAAGAAGAGAAGUAUUGUUAAUGAUCAUUUUCUUAAUUAUUCAGAAUGGAGGAUUAAUAUCUCUUGUUCGAUAUUAGAAAUCGCGUGACGUCGCGGAGAUAAAACGAUCGUUUUCUUUGUAACGCGAAUAUGAUUCGUUGACAUUAUUUGAAAAAAGAAGAAAGAGAGAGGAAAAGAGCAAGAAAGAAAAGAAUGUGCGUCCUUCGAUCUUGACGAAGCAGAAAUGUACGAGAUUUGAAAGUGGAUGAUUUAAGGGGUCCUCGAUAAUCGUUCGAGCAAAGAAGAGGAAAAAAAGGAACGUAAGAAGAAGAAGAAGAAGAGAGAGAGAGAGAGAGAGAGAGAGAGAGAAAGAGUGGAGCAAGGGAGCCGUGCUAUGUUCCCCUCGUCAGCGGCGAUGCUGAAGAAUCUGCAGCAAAGUGCAAUGACCUCGCCCUUCUUGAUGGAGAAUCUCCUCCAAAGUAAGGCCUCGUCGGGGACGGACUUGACUAGUCUGACCUUGAACUGGGCGGCUAGUUUGGUAGCACGGCAGAGGGAGAGAGAAUGCGAGGCUAAUCUACGAAUCGGUAGAGAGAGAUUGUCUCCGACACCACCGAGUGUAAGUCAAGAACACUCGGAGCAGCAAAGACCGUCGAUCGUUGGAUCACGAGGAAUCGAUCGAUCUGGUCCGAUGAUGGAUUGCAGGGAUCAUCAGCGAGCGAAUAACAACGGUGUCGUCGUUGGUGGUGGUGGUGGUGGUGGUAGUAGUAGUAGUAGUAAUAGUAGUGGUAGAUUGGAUCGUCAAAUUCAACGGGACGAGAGGAUGCAAUUCCUUCGUGGCAAGGAAGGACCUCUGGAGAGAGUUCAGAACGCGUACGUCGACGUUGAGAGCGAGAGAGAGUCUCACAAUAAUGUCGUCGAACGUCUGUGCGCGAUGGAGAGACUCUGCAACGAGAGGAUCGAGAAUCGAUCGAACUCGGCGAUGGACUCGUGCAACUCGAAUGCCGAUGAGGAUCGUGUCUCUACGGAGAUGGACGGUGGUCUUCACGGCGAGAGGGAUCGCGAUGAUUCGGGAAUUCUCACUGGCGAACGUGUCCCUUCCUCUAUCCAUGCGGACAGGCGCUACGACCUUGGAUGCAGAAACGUCAUGCACACGUCCGACGAUAUGACGAUUCACGGGGAGAGAGAAGCCUCGGUGAGCAGCGAGCGUGGACUCGACAGGAUAGGCGAGAGGACGACCGCCUGUUCCUGCGGCGACGAGCAAUGCUUGGGACCUGCCUGUAGGACCAUACAGGAGAAGGAGAAGCCGCAGCUCAAGUUCAGCGUCAACGCGAUACUCGGUGGCAAUCACGAUAGGAGACCGCAUCCUGAGAACUUUCAAGGAUUGCCACCGGAAGCGAUACCCGCCUUUCUGCAAAAUUUACAAAAUUCGGCAGGAUACAACAUAGCCAAGCCCAUAGCGAGGCCUGCUGCCUAUCAUCCUUAUCACAGGCCAAGUCAUCAACCACCACAACGUCAUUUGCCUCCAAACGCUCAUCACACUCUACAACAAUUAUUUUACAGAGGCCCGUAUUUAACCGUCGCAAAUUCUGGUACCGGAACUCAUCAUCCGGCGGCACCAGGUGGUGGAGCCGCAUUUCCUGGUGCCAUUCAAGGUGGCCUCGGUGAUUUCGCUGGGACAGGAUUGGUCUUUCCCUGGGCGACGAACGCUCGUGGAAAGCCGCGAAGAGGUAUGAUGAGAAGAGCGGUUUUCUCGGAUCUUCAAAGACGUGGCCUCGAGAAAAGGUUCCAAAUACAAAAGUAUAUCAGCAAACCCGAUCGCAAGAAGCUAGCGGAAAAGCUCGGCCUUAAGGAUUCCCAGGUAAAGAUCUGGUUCCAGAAUCGACGAAUGAAAUGGCGUAACAGUAAAGAGAGAGAACUUCUAGCUACAGGAGGUUCUCGGGAACAAACUUUACCAAAUAAGAACAAUCCCAACCCGGAUUUGAGCGAUGCCGAUGGCGACAGGCCAAGGAUGGACCUCAGCGAUGUGAGUCCUCUGACGAGUCCUCAGAGACCGGAAGAACAGACUGAAAACGAGGAGGACGAGGAAAUCAAUGUCACGUGAUAAGAAUCCGACGACGACGGAUGGAUUCUCCAUCGACUGAAAUAUUAGAAAACGAGAAACGAAAGAGAUAAAGAAAUACAGACAGACAGAGAGACAGAGAGAGAGAAUAGACGAGGAGAACCUGUGUAUAUUUUUUACGUCGUUCGAUAUUUUUCUUCGAUCUUUUCACGAUCGUAAGGAAAAAUGAAGCGAAUCGACGGAUAUCUUCUUCUUCUUCUUCCUCUUCCUACUUCUUCUUCUUCUUCCUUUUUUUUUUUAGGUAUCAACGGGAGAGAUUUUGAACGCGUUUAAAGUUCUUUAGAAAGAGAGUACGGCUUUAAAGAUUUUGGAGAAUUUUUCGAACGAGAUAGCAUCCUUUUUAAUAUUACACGUGUUAUACGCGUGUACUUACUUACAACCUGUAAAAUGUCGAUCUUUCUUUUUCUUUUAACGUACGAGUUUGUAAAUAGCCACGUAUUUUCAUUGGAAAUAAUCGAAAUCUUUUUUCGACGUUUGUUGUUUCUUUUUCUUUUCUUUUUUCUCUUCUUUUUUU